ACAGAAAAACGACUGAGAGCAAAGAUCGGCACACGACCACAAUACACGGAUCGAUGAAUACAAUGGGAGUGUUUGUAAGCUCUUUGAAGAUGGCUGCUAAGAAGAUACAACACGGCCUCCUCACGGCAUUCCUUCUAUUGAUUCUGGUUCCGGUUGGUGAGGCGGUUUGGCUAGACGUGCCUACCACGGGAACAAAAUGUGUGUCUGAAGAAAUCCAGAGCAAUGUAGUUGUAUUGGCUGAUUACAUUAUCAUCUCUGAGGAUGACUCCUUAUUACCCACUAUAUCUGUCAAGGUGACGUCCCCAUAUGGCAAAAAUCUGCACCAAAUGGAAAACGUGACGGUUGGGGAAUUUGCAUUUACAACGCAAGAAUCAGGGAACUACAUGGCGUGCUUUACGGCAGAUACAAAGAGUCACGGAAACAAAAAUGUUAGCAUCAGCGUUGACUGGAAAACUGGAAUCGCUGCUAAGGAUUGGAAAAAUAUUGCUAAGAAAGAGAAGAUCGAGGGAGUGGAGCUGGAGAUAAGGAAACUUGAAGCUGCAGUGGAAGCCAUCCAUGAAAAUUUAGUUUACAUAAGAAACAAAGAAGCAGAUAUGAGAACCGUGAGUGAGAAAACGAACUCGAGAGUAGCUUGGUUCAGUACAAUGUCGAUGGGUAUUUGCAUUGCUGUCUCUGGUAUACAAGUAGUUUACUUGAAGCAAUACUUUCAGAAGAAGAAGCUUAUAUAAGCUAGUUUUGACUCAUCCACAUCCUUUUUAAGAACUUUUUGUUGGGUUCAAAGUAAUAAUAAAGAUUUAAUUUGCAGUUUCUGUUACUUCAGGGAUAAAAGCCAAU